CUGGUUGGACGUGUUUUCCGUCUAGUCUCUUUAGACUAUUUGAUUGCAUUUAAUUAGAAAAAAAUAUUUUUAAGUGGACAAUUAUUUUUUGGACAAUUUCGAACCACGUGUGAAAAAGACUAUCCCAUUUUGUGUGCAUCGUCCAGCCAUCGAAUCAAAGGGCCUCCUCUCACACACACACUCAGGCAACGCAGUGUCGACGAUGAGCGCCGAAUUCUGCUGGACAAGGACGGCUGAUCAUGUCCGACUGUCGGAAAUCGCUUCUCGCCAAAGUUCCUGCCUGGCCGCCAGUUUCAAUCAGCUUCAACUUGUCGACCCUUGGGCCAACCCCGUCACGUUGGCGCCCAGCAGUUCUUCCCAGCAGCAGCACCGCUCAUCGGGGCUAUUGAUCUGGACGGGCCAGCCGCAGGCGGACGACGCCACCACCACCACCACCUACGACUACCGCAGCCUGGCAAUGCACAUCAACAGUUGGCUGGAGAACCUACCGACGGAUUCCAAAUGGAACCGAUCCUUGGUGGCGGUAAGGAUCGUCGGGACAGCGCCGGACGCUUUGCUGGCCGAUGAUUUGUACCAGAGUAUCCGGCGUGAAUUAUUUGGUGUCGGGUCCACCAAGGAUCCGACGACGACGGCCGACGGCCACUGGACCCAGCGACUCGGUUGCCAACUGCCCAAAGAUAGCCGGCUGAGCAUUUUGCUGGCCGGGAUCGAUCGACUCGACUCUUGGGGACUCAUAUCGGUCGACAAGCUUCCGGACAACGUCCGUCUGAUUGUCACUUGUUCCACCAGCCUCGUCAAAGAUGUUCGCGGAUGGACUUGUGUUCAGAUGACCCGUCCCGAAGGUCCUGCCCAGCCGCCGACGGUUUGGUCGUCGGAUCCGAUCCUGGGUCCUUUGAUCGCCUCCCCGGCGGGCGUCAAUGACACAAUCGACGCCAUUUUGACGGGGUUUUUUGAUGAGGUCGAACGCCAAUAUCCGCCGGAUUUCGUCCACAAAUCAUGCGCCAUCCUAACACUGGCCUCGGGUCUGGCCGGAUGCAAUUCUUCCGGACUGGCCGAAGACGAAUGGCGUCAAUGUCUCGACCCCGAUCCAGCAGCAGACGACAACAGCAGCCUCCAACAAACCCUGAGGCAGUUGAUCCAGUCAUUAGAUCCCCUUCUGAUCCGAGUGGCCGCCGGUGCUGCUCCGCUUCCUUCCGGCGCAAUGGAACUAACGGAAACGGCGGAUGAAACGCAAUCGGAGAGUCAAACUGGCGACCUUUAUUACUACUACUACAGCUGGAGCCAACCGGCCUUGUCUUUUGCCCGUCGCCGCUACAAGAGCCAGUGCGGAAAUCCGGGCUUGCUGGCCGCCUUCGCAUCCAUCCCGUCGGCUUUCAAGGAAAAGGAGAACAACAACGUCGUCAAUGCAGCCGUCGAUUCAUCUGUGGCUGCACUUCGCUGGGUGGCCAGGUUCUUCUCCAUUGUCGCCGAGACGUCGUUCGAUCUGGAACGAGAUCAAUUCGAGGAAACGCUAUUCGACUGGAGAACGUGGAGACUGGCCGCCCAGGCUGGACGGAUGGGUUUGAGCCUCAUCUCGGCCGCCGUUCAACAGUCGGCCACCAGGUGGGUGGACUCGCAUCUUUGGCUGCUCGAGCGAUCCUUGCCGUGGAUCAACCAGGCCGAUUACGUGGCCAACGACUUGAGCGUCAUUUCAUCCCAACAAUUGGCCGCCCAGCUGACGGUGGCCCUCAAACCUUACGCCGAUAAAGAGAAUAGCAGCCAACAUCUGUGGCGAUUGUAUUGCGAUGCCCAGGCGGAAUAUGAUCAAUUUGGCGGACCUGUUCUCAUGGCCAUGCCAUCCGGAUGGAAUUGGAAUCACUCCGGGAAGCCACUAGAAAGAAAAGUGGACAACGCCUUUCAGAGGGAACCCAUCCAAUUAAUGACGGCCAGUCCGGACGGCCAGUGUCUGGUCCUGGUCACGGCCGAUUCUAUUGAUCCUUUCUUCAGCCUGUCGGCGGCAACCGGACGCCGGAUGGCCGUUUACAAAGGGCACAGCGGCCGUGUGACUUGCGUCCACGUCACGGGCGACGGAUGUCACGUCAUCAGCGGCUCGGAGGAUCUCAGCGUCAUGGUCUGGGAGUUGCACGGGAGCGGCAACGCCAUCUUGCGGAUCAGGGAGCACAUUGCUUCCGUCUCUUGCGUGUCGUCCGUCCUGGCCAGCCGGAUGAUCAUUAGCGGAGGCGAGGACAGCAUCGUCAUGUCGUUCCAGUGGCAGCCGGGCAAAGGACAAGGACAGGGACAACUGCCCAGUGAGUCGAAAGAAUCGAGGCUGGCCCGCAUCGAUCACCAUCGCGGACCCAUCACGGGACUGGCCAUUAAUCACAGGGAGGACGUCCUGGUGUCGGCCUCUCACGACGGAUCGCUUUGUCUCUGGUCACUGGACAACUGGACGCUUCUCAAUUUGAUCGAAGUCGGACAGCCAGUUGGACACGUCACUUUAUCAAGGGACGACGUCUUUCUACUGGCCGUCGGACUGGAAGACGGACUGCCUCGGCUCUUUUCUCUCACGACCGGCUCGCCCCUCAGGACGUGGACUGAUUUGCCCAUCAAAGUCGCCGGGGCCAUGAUUGUCGGCGGUAACGGACACUCUUACGCUGCCAUGAUGGCCGGAGAUGGCCGGUUGAUGUGUUACGACUGCCACAGCGGACAGCUCGUCCACACGCUCUCGAUCGAUUACCCGGGCAAAAAUGCGGCCUCGUCAACGUCCGUCUGCUGUACCCGGGCCAACGAUCCUCGUCUCCUCUUUCAUUCCGUGGGCAACAAAGUCAAGAUGUGGCUGCUGCGGUACGAGGAGAAGCGGCCAGUGGUGGCGGUGACUAGUCCCAUGACCUACCUGGCCAUGUCGCCGCUAGACGGCGCCGUAGUGGCGGCUGGCGACCGCUCGGGCCAAGUGCAAUUGUGGCGGACGUCCAUUUUGUCGAAAAUCGCCCAAUGGGGCCAUCCGUCGGCGCCGGUGAGUGUCGUAAACUUCGACGCGGCCGGACUCUACGUCGCCUCGGCCGCCGAAGACGGAACGGUCGCCGUCUGGCACCUGGAUGCCGGCCAAACGCUUCCGCCAACUCAGAUCCACCCCAUCGGCUGCAGGAUCAACCAACUGGCCAUCAUGGCCGACUGGAACGGCUACGCCGUUUCCUGCGAUUCCAACGAAACGGUCGUCCAGUGGAAACUGGGAACCGGAGAAAUUGUCCGCCAGUGGAACCUCGCUGCUUCCAAGCUCCUGGUCGUGGCCAACAACACCCGCUGGAUGGCCGGAUCGACUAGAUCCAACAGCGUUCGAUUGUGGUCGCUGGAUUCUAACGAGGAGAACAAGGAGGUGGUGGCCGUGAGUCACGCCGAAGAGGUCCUGUGUCUGGCGCCUACGCCGGACAGCCGCUACAUCAUCACCGGCUCUAAAGACUCGUCGUUGAAGAUGUGGGACGUUCUGGCCGGGCCGUCAGAUAAAGGCGGCAAAUUGGUGCAAAUUAUGGCCGGGCACGGUGAUCACGUCACGGCCGUCGUGGCGUCGCACGUCGCCAAUGUCCCGGCUCUGGCCAACACGGCCAACAGCAAGCAUUUGCUGGUGGUGUCGGGAUCCCGCGACGGCCAGCUCAUCAUUUGGGAUGCCCAGCACGGCAGCGAAAUCCAUUCGAUGAGGCGACACGUGUCGGCCGUCACAUGCCUCAAAGUCACCUCUGACGGCUCUGUCGUCGUGUCCGGAUCGGAAGACGGAACGGUUCGCGUGUGGAAUAUGAGACUGGGCACUAGCCUAUCAUCUUUUGCCUUAGAUUGUCCCGUUUAUCAGAUUGUCAUGUCACCGGACGCUUCCAGAAUGUGGAUUAGAAUGGCCCAGAAACCGAUUCCGGCUAUUUUGGAACUAAGACACACACCGGCUGUCCACGUCAAGACAGAAGUGGCUUCUCGCCCAGCUUCACCAGUCCACCUGAAAAAAGCCCCGCCCACUCGCCGUCUGCUCAAGAAGGAAAUCUCACUCGACUCGUACACUUGGCUCAAGCGAUACGGAACCAAGAACGGCGGCGCCCAGCAGCAGCAUCACAAUCAAGCCUCGGCUCACGCCCAGCAGCAGACGUCCGUCUCACAUUCGCCCACCGUCGAGUGUGUCCUCAUGAAACUCUCGAGACGCAAUUCCUUUUGCAACGUUCCAGAGUCUGGCGAAACCUAAACAAACGGAUAUGCAAAAUAUCAAUUAAACCAGACGAUAUUUACCAGUCGCGAUCCUAUCGAUUGAUUUUUAAACACAUUUCUCGUAUUUCCUUGAAAAAUCCCUUUCACUUGAUCUCGUCGACUACUAAUCGAUCCUGUCUGCGUUUUAAUCCCCCCUCAUCUUUCGCACGAAACCUGCACGACUAAACCAAAGAAUUCAAAUACGCGUAGUUUACUAAAAUUAGUCAGCCCCUCGAUAUUGUUAUUUAUUUAUGAUAUAAAUUAUAACCUAUUAUAUACCGGAAAUCCUAUUAUUUAUUAUUGUUUGAUCAUCAUUCCCCCCCCCCCCCUCCUUAAAUCGUUUUGGCUGUUUCAUUCGUUAUAUAUUUACUAUAUUUAAAUAAGACGGCGAAUAUAUAAUAAUGAUUGUGA